ACAACUGUACAAGUAUAAACCUCCGCUGCCCUUAUCUACCUCACCCACAUUUACCACCACCAUGGCUGCCACCGCAGCCGCAGCCAUGAGCUCCUCUUUCUCUCCCUCCAUCCACACCACUCUCAAAUGCACGCGCUCCAACUACCACUUAGCUCCUCACUAUGAUCUUCUUCACCUCAGAAUAAUCACAUCUCCAACCCGCAUGCUGUCAUCUUCAUCGUCGUUAUUUGCUCAUUCAUGUGUUGUCGAUCAGCCAGUGGUUUCUAGACGCGUGCUGAGAUUAUCGUGCGCUUCUGUGGACGUGGCUGUGACAGAGGAGGUUGAAGAAGAAGAAGUAGAAGCUAUUGUGGCGGCUGAAGAGAAACAAGCUGAAGAAGAAGAAGAAGUGGUUGUGCCGCCGACUUCAGCUGAAGUUUCGAGUGAGGCUGGAGUUUCGAAUGAUGAUGAGCUCGCUGUGAACACGAAGCUUUACUUCGGGAACCUUCCUUACAGUGUUGACAGUGCACAGCUUGCUGGGAUUAUUCAGGAGUAUGCGAGUCCUGAACUCAUUGAGGUUCUCUAUAACAGGGACACUGGAAAAAGCAGAGGAUUUGCUUUUGUGACGAUGAGCAGUAUUGAAGAUUGCAAUGCUGUAAUUGAAAAUCUUGACGGACGCGAGUACAGUGGCAGAACCUUGAGGGUGAACUUUUCGGACAAACCUAGAGCUAAAGAACCUCUAUAUCCAGAAACUGAGUACAAACUUUUUGUUGGGAAUUUGUCCUGGUCAGCCACAUCUGAGAGCUUGACUAAAGCUUUUCAAGAAUAUGGAAAUGUGGUUGGAGCCAGGGUUCUAUAUGAUGGGGAGACAGGAAGGUCCCGUGGCUAUGGAUUCGUUUGCUUCUCAACAAAAGCAGAGAUGGAAACUGCCUUACAAUCUCUAGAUGGAGUGGAACUAGAGGGAAGAGCAAUGCGUGUAAGCUUGGCUGAAGGAAAGCGUUCAUAAUCUCUGUCAGUGUAAAUUUUGUAAACGGGUUAAAUUUGAAGAUGCAUAUCAGAUGAGAUCAUGAUAUCUAAUCACAUUAGCGAGGAACUCUACUUCCAUUUCUCAAUAGUUGUAUUGUAAUUCAUUUUUCAUUCCCCAUCUUCGAAGUGGAAAAUUCCCCUUCCCAAGUGGUAUUUGUUUCGUUCCUUAAUUGGACAGCUAUUUAAUACUGAUGAGUUUCUGUAUUCAAGUGUUGAUGAUUCUAUUCGCGAACUUUAGAAUCUUUGACACUUUGAAUUAAAAAUUGUAUAACUAAACGUAUCCUUCUUAUUCUGCAAUCCUUGUUUUACCAGUGUGACCGAAAAUCGACUUAUU